CCUUCAGUACGGAACCGUCAGAAGUAUUCGUUUCGGUUGCAUGAUUUGAUUCACUUCAAAAGUUUAGAAAAAUAAAUUGGUGUCAAUGUUAAUAGUUAAACCAGACUCAACGCUCAAGUUUCUGCCAUCCGUCAGGCUUAUCAACAACUUGAACAACCGCAAAGGUAGCCGUACGGGAAAUUCCGGCAACCAUCUCGAGUUCCAGGUGCUCACCCAGAUUCAGUACGUACCCUGAGAGCGGUAACUGCCGGAUACCAAGCACACUAGAAUGCAGGAUCGUUCGAGCACAAUGGCCAGACAGAACCAACAGUCGGCAUACGCCAAAGCCCCGGGUGGCGGAAACGUGAAGAAGAGCACCGGCUACCCCAGCAGCAGUCCUACCUCGCAGACGAAAUCCUCCAACGGCACUAAUGCCGGUAACGGUAGCUGGGGUCCACACUUCAAAAAUCGGGAUCAUUUCGUCAGCAUGCACUUCUCGUGAAUAUGUCCACGGGUAAAGUCAUCCCGAGACCUUUGUGUUUAGUGUGAGAUUAUCUUUUUCUUUUAAUGCUAUCUUUGUGUGACAGUAUGGAGAUUUUGUUUUGUGUAAUAAAACCCAUUAAAUUAUUCGUAUAUUGAAUAAGACUGCAUAA